UCUUGCCAAAGAUGCAGGCUGACGAGAAAGCAAAAGUUACGACCACCGACGACCUGAUUUAUGAUGUUGAGGGCCAGUCUUCCUCCUCUGCCAAACUACAAAGGACACGCGACGCCAUAGGAAAUCGUACGGCGUUCAUCAUUCAACGCCAUAAUGCAAAAAGGACGACAUUGGACUGCGAAACGUUGGGCAUAAAGUACGAGUUAAACUCAACGACGAGCUGGCUGAAAUGGCGAACCUGGACAAAAAUCACUCGUCGAGGCCCGAAGGAUACACAGGAGGUGCUGGUAGCAGAAUGGGAAUUGAACACCUUCAAGCCAGACAGAAUCCGAUUUGAAUCGUCAGCAUUGCCCAAAGAUUUCGUUCUGACCAAAGAUUACAUGCAACGGAUAGGGUGGUUCAUACCUCGAUUGUCAUUCGCCAGCAGCUAUGUUGCGCAAGGUCAAACUUUUGUAUGGAAGGCUGGAGUAUGGGCGCUGAAGAUGUACCGGGAAGGAAGCGACGAAGCCCUUGCUACUAUGUUCCCCAAUCGCUGUUUCCCUAAGUCGCGGUACGGAUUCCUCGAAGUACCACCUUAUCAAGACCUACUUGAUGAGCUCAUUGUCUCUUGGGCAAUUGUAAUACAACGCAGGAACGAGCGGCACGCAAUGCUAAGCUUGCUGCAUACUAUUUUGUGGGACGGCGUAGUGAUGACUUUGUUACAUGUAUAUGUCUGGGACAACCAUCCUUCCUCUUAGGUGCACAGUUGCACAGGCCUACCUUUGGACUGGCGAGUCGUGUAUUCUAUGCACAUGUAGUUUUCCCUUUUCCACUCCCUUCUCUCGUAGCCUUACCUUGUAUAUUAAGAUAUCCUAACUCAGUUUUUGU